AUGUCUAAAGAAAUAACCAACGCGACUGUUUGUGGACCCUGGAUUCCCGACAACGGUAUCAUCGCCGGCUACAUGACACCGCAACAUGGGCUUGUCUCACAAGAGAACUGGACGAUUGCAGUGGAGCGUAAGUUUCUUUAUGUUUAUCCAUUUCGUGUGAUUUAUAAGGUCCCCUCGAGCUACCCUAAGCUACUGAGCCAGCGCCUGCUAGCAACAGCAGAAGCUGCCGCCAUCAGGUUACGAAAACCGACCCUAUGCGCCCAGAAGAACCUCCUUCAGGCUCCGGGCUUACCGUGGUCAAAGGUUGACUAACCACAUACAACUUUCUGCGCCCUUCCGCUCUUGCCCAGCCUGGAAUUUAAAAACUCACUUUUAUCGAUUUUUUCACUCAUUGUACCCCGUCCCACAUAACUGAACUGGCCUGACGAGAAGUUAUCGAAAGCAACGUUCGCUCGCCACUUUGUCUUCUGAAUAUAGCUAUGGGGAUUUUCACAUUUCUAAAACAACAUUUCUACUUCUUAAGGACAGUAGGCAUUUUGUUGAGCUACUAAGGCAGAAAUUAAAUCAACCAACACAAAAAGGAAUUGAAUCAAGGUGUAGUCCCUUUGCAAAGAGUAGAGACAAACUUCUGGUGACCCGAUUGACAUAAUUUGGUUCUUAAUCAUCAGCUGCAUUCCUUUUUCAAGCGAAUGGUUAUUUGGAGUGAUGUGAGCGUGCUCUACUUGGAGAUUGGUUGCCCAAACGAUAAAGGGUAGAGGGCUCAGUCAAAACUGCGCUCCCAGUGAAGUUAGUAGGAGUGUCGGUAUGACACCAUUCAGGUAUCCUUCGAAAACUAGAAGUGUCCGGUUAUUCUUGGCAGCACAAUAAAGACUGAUAUUACCUCAGAAUGCUCGAACCUUCUUCAAGCUAGCUUAAUCACAGAAGGCGUACUGACCACUCGAUGCGAUGUAAGACUCCAAACAUACGUCUUUACAGGCCAAUAUAUGGCCGUAAAAAUCAAUAACCAAGCAGUAAUACCAAAAAAGCACUGGCAUUGAUGGUGGUGGUGUUCGUCGUCGUCGUCGUCGUCGCCAUAUUUGACUCUAAGGGAAGUAUGCGUAUCUUCCUUUUAUAUAAAAGUCAAGAAUUUCAACAGCAGUAUAGGGAAAAAUUUCUUAACUCGGCAUCUGUUUAUCCUAUGCAUUUAAACCAAAGUUGCAGUAGUGAACUUUCCUUCACGUUAUCUGGUGUGAAGCCAAGGAGAUGUACGACGGCCAGUUUAGUAGUAGCCAGUUUUCGGGGUCUUUUUGAAUUCAGAGGCUGUUUCGUAUCCCCCGACACCAAUCUGUGUGCCCAUUAAUUCAGAGUUGCCAUCAAGCCCACAACAAAAGAAACGAUCUAUGAUACUAUGACAAUGCUACUUGCAGCUGCCUUGCGGUCUUGUUUACGUGUUGGAAGUUUUAAAUCGAUUCAUGUAACUGGGGAACUAAGCGGCACUGUUGAUAUGACUAAUGACGGCAGACCGUUCAACCAUGUUAAAUUUAUCAUUAUCCAACAUGAUUUGGCUGACGAUACAAGCGAAGAUGCGAGUUCCAGGAACUAGCCGAUAAGAAGAAGAAGAAGAAGAAGAAGAAGAAGAAGCGAUCGCUGGGACAAGGGCUUUAUCGGCUUGACUUUUCGGAUUCUCACUUGAACCCAUCAUCAGAGACAGUGGCAGAAACGGAUGAUCCGUACACAGGAAGUUACGGCAUUUAUAGGAUGCAGUCGCUAGGCUACCGCAUACCUAUAAUAAUUAACCGAGCUCCCCUUCAUUAAGAAUUGCUACCCGCAGGUGCGCUAAUUGCUUUAUGGCCGGCAUGCAAGUUGUUAAUUGCCGAAAUGUCAUCACCCGUGUUGGAUGCUGGCGUGAUGACUGUCCGGCCAUCUGGCUCACCGGCUUGCGCGCUCCCUGAAUGGUCAUUUACUUUGACCAGCCUAUGCCUCAGCACGGAAAACGGAGUGGGGAUGUCGUUUCAUUUGUUGAUAGACUCAGGUCCCGUGAGCCAUGACUCAAGGAACUCGCGGCUCACGCGGUUAUCACCUCACGGGCGAAUUUUGGCCUCAUGGAACUUGAAUGCGUGGUCGGGUUUCAUCGAAUGGGCCACGAUCUGAAAGUUGACGUCAUUUAUUCACACCGUUGCCGCGUAAUCGGCCAUUCGCGUCCGGAGCAGUCUUCCAGUUUCUCCGACGUAGUUGCUUUGUCCGCAACUACACUAGAUCCAGUAAACGACUCCAGAUGGUUCUUGUCGUGGCAGUGGGUCUUUUGGUAUCAUCACCUGACGCCUUAUGGUGUCCUCCGGGGUGUGGGCAACUCCAACCCCAAGUGGUGCGAGAAGGCGACUAACGGCCUCGGAGACGUUCUUGAUGUACGGGAUCGCUCGCCAGAAUAAGGGAUCGAUACGAUUUUGUUUCUCGUCUCGUUUGCGCAUGCACCGGUUAAAGAAGUUACGCAGGUAACCAUUUUCCCUGAAAACCCGUCGAAGAUAUUGGGAUUCGGCAACCUUGUCUUCCGGUUCCCUGCAGUGCGUCUCAACACGCCAAUAUAGUGUUCUUACGCAACUGCGUUUGUGGCUGAUCGGGUCGUUGCUGUUGAAGUUCAGUUCGUGUUGGUCGCUCUUCUGAACACUUUGGUCUUUAGGCCACCACAAUCUUUGCAACGGACGAGGACGUCAAGGAAUGAUUUAUUACGGAGCCGCGUCCGGGGAUGUUGCCAGCGUCAAGUUCAGCCUACCACACUCCACUGGUGUAAACCAAUUCGACCCAGGUUUUGCAAUGACUGCUUUGGGAUAGACCAAUAAGCCAUCACAAACGAAACUUCACAGUCAGUUGAUUUUCUUGAAGUCCAUAUUAACCGUUAGUUCCGCAUGAGUGUAAUCGAUUGUAUUGGGGCUUUGAGUCAUUCACUUGCUGAACGGGUGAUGGAUGUGCUGAUUUCCUAAGAUCUCCAAGUCUGGGAUUCUGGGCCUGAAACUAUGACGACAAUGAAACAACAAUCAAACCGUUUAACCAUUUUAGUUUGCAUUUUGCUGUCAGCUCAAAGUCAGGUACGACUACCUGAGUCGUGGACGCUAGUAGUCAUUGAAAACCACUGAGCUGUUGGACUCUUGUUUACGCCUCAUCAGUCGGCUUGUAGCUAAGUUAUACAAGGCUAGCGGCGACAAACUCGUUAGUCCACCCUCCCCUGAUUCGUUUCUAACAUCGUGUGUCAACCAUAGGAGCAGACAUCUGUCCGUUCUACCCCGCUGCUGGUGAAUCCACUAUUUUUUUUCAUUCAACAGGGCUUGUGGUGGACGGAAACACAACACUCAUUGGUGUCUUCUCGAUCGGUUCACUGAAGAUUAUCACAUCGACCAACAUUAAUGUGAUCAAGAGAGCAGGUAAAUACUGCGUUUUUUUUUCUUAUUUUGACAAACCGGUUAAGGGUCAAUAAAACUGGAACCUUCUGCUUUUCCCUUUCCCCUCUAUAGUCUGCGGCGACGGGUACUGUGAUGACUCACAAAACGAGACCUGCGUCACCUGCCAGGCCGACUGCAAGGCCUGCAGCCUGGAAGCCCGUAUCGCCGGUGCAAUCAUUGCAGUCGUCAUCUUGAUCGUCCUUGCCAUCGGUGCAACCGGCCUGGUAAGGAACCAAUGCUUGCAUAAUAAUUCUGCCAGCUUAAGUCUAUAAGGACAGCUGUUCUGUAGUGCUACAGUUAGUGACCUAACUCAUGAGGCGUGUCAAAAUUUACGAAUGAUUGCCAAUCACUCGCAAACCGACACCAUUGCAGCCGUCCGAGUUCUAUGUUAAUUAAGUACAAGUUUAAAGGAAUUAAAGCAUAAAAGAACUAUUAAAGGCAGUGUUGCGUUAUUUAGAAAUGCCGAUUUGUUUUAAAAAGCGCAAUAUCCCGAAAAGGUCAGAAAUGGCUCUAAUUUAGUAAACUUCGUUCUUAGAUGUAUAGAAUGUAUUCUCAAACCAAAAACGUAGUGAAUAUGAAGGCCAAAAUAUAAUAACGCCUACUAGUAGUGUUUCAGUAUAGUUAUCUUUGAAUAUCGUUUAAUAAUUAGUGUGAUUUCAUAUAUGACGGUGUGUCAACUGCCUACAUUCUGAGUAUACAUUCCAACACAGUUUUCCAGGGAUUCGUGUUAUCCUUGACUCGUUUGUGUUAAGUGAGAUGGAAUUCAACAUGAGAAUCAGGAUUCUGCAUGAUUUCACCGAUGGGGACGUCGUAGGAACAAAAGUUUCCAUAAAGUAACGUGCCAUGAGGUCGGUCGGUGCUUAAUAAAAUUAAAUAGAACUGACAGGCGUGAUCGUAAACAUACCAUUAUGUGAAAGGAGGAAGUCCGUCGGAAAUAGAGUUUUGCUCGUAAAUUUUUGAGCUGGUUGCACCAACUUUUACUACUUCAUACUACUCCAAUUAUUCAGCAUACCAUUAUGUGUUUAUAGAGAGAACUUUUCUUCCAUUAAAUUAAUUUACACUUCUCGUUUGUUUGGGAUUACGCUGAGUUUCCGAUCGCCUUCGAGAUAUUACUGAAUACCUCAUGAUUUUUAGUUUUUUUACCCGAUCGUCCAUAAAGGCAGAUUCUGAAUUCCCUGUCUGUUGAGAACUUUAAUAUAAGCUUAUUCUUGAAGGCAUUUACCGAAUUAGUGUAGUUCUACUAUGCCUACGGAUAAUUCUGAUGGGGGAGCUGAAAUGAGAUAGCCUCAUUGAGAUUCACGACUGUAGACAUGAAUAUCAGCGUCCCGUAGCCUGAUAGCUUGAACGAGGAGUAGGGAUGUCACAUAGGUCUCGACAGACUCCACCCCUUCUUAUUAGCUUCCAGGCCAGUAGGGCAACAGUGAAUGCUUUAGGUCUCUACAUCGUCCCACGUUUACCUUAACUUGGACAAAAGACACUGAAAAGAGCCUUUUGUGAAUUGUUGAAUGUUAACGACGAUAGGUAAUCAUAGUCCCGGUUAUUUGAAAGUCGUGUUCAAAGUCGACACGAACCAGCUUCCGUAAGCAAAGCAAGAUGAGUCAAUAACUUAGAAACUAGAAGGAGGGGAUCAGAAUGCAGAUCUGGCGGCUAGACCCUGCACCGACGCAGCUAACCAAUUCCAGAGCGAAGGCGAAUCGUAAGGAAGGGCUCCUGUUUUUCGAUUUUUUUGGAUUUGCGAUACUUCGAAACACUUCAAAGCGUUUUGUUUGCUGCAUUGUCUAGGAGCCAGUUAGUUGCGCUCAAGGAAAUUCACCCAGUUUGAUAGGAACUCCCCGGUAAACAUGAAAUGACAGGUUGAUGUCAUUAAUUGGUGGAAAAGUACUAUUUUUGCAGUUUCGCUAAUUUGCUGAUUGCUUUACCAGCGAAUAGAUAAUUGGAAUGAUUUGUGAAUCCCCCUCCAGAGAGAGAGAGAGAGAGAGAGAGAGGAGAACUGAAUUUUGGCCUCGAACACCUACACUUUCAGGAGAGUCGGAAGUAUCUCUUAUAAAAUUACAUACUUUCUUUUACUACUCUUAUGGCCAGUAGCUAAUGAAAUAAACCCCAUCUUUGGAAAAAUACCAAAAUCUACAGACACGUUUUAAUUGUUUUGUUAGUGCGUGUUCUGGUCUUAGCAUUAGAACCACAAACAUCAAAAAAACUUUCGUUUAAUAACUGAGUUCAUCCCUGUUCAAUGGCUAUCCCACAAAAUUAUGGAUUCAGAAUGGUUGGCUGGCGACAACCAAUGCGCCAAUACAAAUCAGGUACUCAACUACAGUCUGACCGUUGAGCGAGCCGAGAAGUAGGACUGAAAGAAUGAACCUUUGACAAAGUCGAUUUCGCUACAGCCGCUUUGCCACUUUUCAACCGGCCAUGUUUGGGGAAGAUUUCUUGGGACACUGAUAUCACACUUACGUAAUUUUUAAUUUCAGUUCUUCUACCGACGCAGCCGUCUAGCUCUGUGGGACAAUUCAUGGAUUAUCACAAAGGACCGUGUUUCAGUCAGUAAGUUGUUUACCAUUCGCAGGACUGUCUAGCAUUCAUUCCAGAAAAACUAUAUUCGGCCAAAUAUCAUUAUGCAGCCGCACCAGAGGCAAACACACCUAGCCGCCUGUAAUACGGGACCGGUGGUAGUAGGGUUUUUUACUGGUGGGGCCGGAGAACGCACAGGCGACGAGCUAUUGGGAAUGCGCGAUUGUACUUUGGGUAGUUUAGAAAUAGUUGCCCUAACCCUUAACCCCAACCCCUAAUCCUAACUCCUAACCCUAAGCCCCUAGCAGUAUUGUGUCCAUCAGCUGCGGCUGAAUAGCCCAUCUUACCCAUAUAUUUUACUGACUGUUAAUAGGGGAGGGCUUCUUUUCUGUACAUGCGAUAGCAAAUGCCUCAAAAACCUAUUCAAAUAUAUGCAACCUUUGAACACCUUCCACUGAAGAUAUGCAAGGUUAUGUAAAUAACAGGAAGAACGUUUACUGUCCGCGACUCCCGGACUCUUUUAAGUGCCCCUUCUCGGAUCCAGAAGUUAGUCAGCGAGAGGAGACACUUUCAAUGUAUUAACUGGUCGACCAGGUUCCGGCUCUAUUGUAUUCUGCAAUGGAAAUCGUCGAUGGUGACAAACCUUGCGGCUGACAUUGUAGCGUUUGGAAACCUCGUUACAGUAAUAUAAGGCCAAACGCAGACAGUUGUUCCACGAUCAGAAAGUGUGGAUCAUGUGCCUACUUGACAGGUUUAUAUACCAUAUUUCAGAAGGCACAAGGAACGCCUAUGGCCUGCCGACGAUGGGUGAUGAUCGUGAAACAGUUGUCGGCGUCUGCCAUGUUAAUACCUUUACGAGCUCUCCAUUAACUAUUUGUGCUCGUUACUGUCAUCAGCCCAGCUGGAUGGAGGUCAGAAUGCAAGCAACCCAGCAUCAGAGCCAGUCGCAGAUAGGGGUAAUGGUGGCACAAGGCGUGCGGCAUUUAUAUCACGUGGCUGCCGCCGGACCAUAUGCGCACUGUAAUUAACAACUCUCGCAAUUACCGCUGGGGUCGUUAUUGAUGCGGCGGCGGCUUGUCAGUCCGAGUCCGGGUCCGAGAACCAUGACUCGAGCAGCUCGCGGCUAACGCGGUUGUCACUCCCUGCGAGGAUUUCGGCCUCUUGAACUUUGGAAAUAUGGCCGGGUACCGCCGAGUGUGCCGCCACCUGUAGCUUGCAGUCCAUCGACAAGCGCAAUGACCUCCCGGUACCAUAUUCCGUGCUGAGAUUUUCCCUGGGCAGAGGAAUCAGUCACGUGAGGAGGGCGCGGGCGAGCAAUUAUCACUGUGGCAAUGAGCCAAUUUGCCGAGCAAUCGUCACAUCAGCAUCCAGCACGGAUGACGAAAUCACGGCCAUUAACGACUCGGACUCGGACUGGCAAGCCACCACCGCAUCAAUCACGACCCCAGCGGUGAUUGCGAGAGCUGUUAAUUACAGUGCGCAUACGGUCCCACGGCAGCCACUUGCUAUAAAUACUGCACUCCUUGUGCGACUGUUUCUGAUGAUGGAUUCGAGUGAGAAUCCGAAACGUCAGGCCAGAAAAUUUCUUGUUCGAGUGAUCGCAUCUUCGUCUUCUGAACUGCUACCUGGAACUCACCUGUUCGCUUCUAUCAGCAGUCACGUGCCCACUUGACAAGUGAGGGGUUUGGUUGACGGUAUGUGGGUUCCGACGCAUCUUUGAAUCUAUUCCCAGCUGAAUUUCUAGCUUUGGUUCCUCUUUCGCAAUAUCCGGCACUUAACUGUUCAGGUUUGCACUGAGACAGCACGAUAUACCCUACUGGACAGCAAAGGCACUAACUAAAUCCUACACACGUGCUUCGUCCAUAUUCGACCGCUGCUCAGCGCAGUUGCGAGGGGUUCGGCUCCUCAGUGGGUCCCCGGCUUUCCCUGUGUACUUUCUGGUAGAUAUUCCAGUUCGGAAAUUGCAGUUUUUUACUUCCCUCAAAAAUUAAUGGCUAACGCGGAGUAACUCAGUCUAUUUGAGACUUAUUGUAUCACACUGAAUUUUGAUAUGAAUAUUUGGGCCAACGCGGAAUAAUCUCGUAAUAUUCAUUAGCUGUCGACAGGCGGUUAUUCCGCAGUGGCUGAUGGACUUUGGUCCAAAUAUUCAUAUCGAAAUUCAAUGUGAGCCCAUAUAUCUCAAAUAAACUGAUUCACUCAAAGUAAGCGAUUAAUUUCUGACGAAAUUAAAAAUUAAAGUUAAAAGGGACCUAUUUACCUUUGUGUCGGAAGCUUCAGGGUGACAGCCCAAAUUACUUUAUGCAAUUUUAUCUUUCCCCAGUUGAACAGGACAAGCCGAAGGCCAGUCAGGCCUUACCCACCGAUAGUCAGGAGGAUAUACUUGACCUUGAAGUGGAGACGUCAUUUGCCUACGGCAAAAUGUAAGUUGACAUGGGGUAGGUUCUAAAUGUACACUCAUUUUGCGAGCAGGACAGGUUGACGAGUCAAAAAGUAGUCUCAAUAUCUGACAGUAAAAUCUUGAAAAAAUGGGCCUUUUCGACUGUCACGUGAAAUCGACGUCCACGGAUAUACCUUUACUACCGGCAUUCACUAUUAUAUUGAAGCUUCGAUCUUGGAAGCGGCGUCCAAAAGAGAUUAUUGAAUGAUACGCUCUCGUGAGUUUGCUUAUUUUUGUCGCAAACGAUGGGGACGGAGCCCAUAAGUCAAAGUCAUUGGGUUGAACUCGACUCUUAAUGCCCAGAAGGGCAGGCUCCGAAUCCCCGCUCGCCUCUUCAUGGGAUUGGGGAGUACGUGACUGACGAUUCCAAAUAAUCCAGAAACGUUCAUCUCUUUUGUCUUUUCCAGUAGGUUUUUGGAGUUUUACCUUCAAGCACCCAAUGGCACAGCAGCACGAUCAUGAGCAAUUCCUUAUAAACUUCCCAGUAAUGCCUUGAUGGUGUUUACCCAUUUUUAGAGGUGAAGUAUUGGUCUCUAUCAAGUAUAUUGAGAGGGAGAAUUUCAUGCUGACAAAGAAGAUUCGACAGGAAAUUAAGUCCAUUCGGUGAGUUUACAUUUAUUCUCUGAGAGAGGAUUUUUUGUCUUGCAGUACGCCGUCCUUCUCACUAAUUAUACUUCUUAUUUUCUAAAAAAGCCAACUCAACAGCAGGAACGUAAACCAAUUAGUCGGGAUCUGCCUUGAUCCCCCCGAGCUGGCAAUCUACAUGGAGUACUGCCCCAAACGGAGCUUGAGUGACGUCCUGAGAAACGAAGUGAUGCCCCUAAGCUGGGCGUUCAAGUAGGUUCCCGAUUCAACAUACUUCAUAAAAAACAAUUUUUUAAAAAAUUCGUGGUUUUCAAUAUCAAGCAAAAUCUCAGUUCCUGAAGUUUUUGCGACCGGUUCACUACCACACCACUGUAAGUAAAGUUGGGAAACUUAUACGGAUGUCCGCUGCACAAAUUUGUUGGGCUUUAAAUCUGCGGCCGCACCCCAGAUCACACUUUCUGGCCGCAUUUGACCUGGCCCCGCGUAAGUGGUCCUUGAAGAUCCUGCAAGUGACGUCCAUUUGAGAACGCCUCUCCAUGCAUGACUCAGCCGAUUUCCACUCCUCAGGAUCCGUAAUGGCAGUAACGCGUAAGCAGGCUCUGACGAUUCUCAAGCAAGAAUUGGUCUAUCCGUCAUACUUGCCGUCUCGCAUCUGCGUUGCCAGUGGGGGUACACUUCCCUCGUUGCGGGCGGUAAUUUGUGGAGCACUCACCUCAUGAGAGUGUUAUUCAUUCUUUAAGCAUUUAAUGCGUCCUACGAUGCGCAGUGUAGGUGUUUAAGAUUGUUGUGGACGUUUGAGUGAGUCAUUUGGAGUACUUUAGAAUUAUUCUUUUACUGACAGAAUCUUGUAAGCUAUUGUCUACAACCCGCAUACGUGAUAAGUUGGUUUCCGGAACAUUCAUUUUUGACCGUACGAUCGUCCAGGUGAUCUGACUGAAUACUUCAAACCUCCCUCCCAUAAAUUUGCCACAAAACUUCGCCAACUCUAGUUAGUUUCUAUGACCACUCGCGGACUGAUAAAACAAAACUUUGAGACGGUUAAAUUGUUAACGUCGCCAUGUAUGCCAUUUCCAAACGGAAUAUUUUAUAUACAAGCAUUUCACUAAGAGUGCAACAGGCCAGACGCAGAGAGCUGCUUCACGGUCGUCACCCAUCGUCCGUGUUUCAUAGGCCAUAUGAAGUGAGGUAUACAAACAUGUCAAGUGAGUGUUUUGUCCUUACUGGCGGACGGACAGAAUAUGAUGGAGUGAGAUCUUUACCACAAUAAUGAGGGUCAAACGCUUACUUGACAUGUUUAUGUACCUCACUUCAUAUGGCCUAUGCAGUACAGUGCGUGACCGAUCUCAUGAAAUGUUGACCGAAAUUCUGAAAUGCCUUUGCGAUUAGGAAGGAUUACUUAGAUGGGGUUGUAAAAUUGAUUAGCAUGCAGCACAAUCCUAUAGCAGUUCGGUCUCGCCAGGAUGUCAGCUUUUGAAUGCACUUCUUUUUGACCUUCUGCAGAAACAACACUCGGUAAAAAAUGACUGCUUAAUUGGCAUGCAUUUUUCCUAUUGAUUUUCGAUGUUCUUAUAAAUUGAAAUAUAUUUCAUAGAAAACAUGCACAAAAAUAUGUUUUCUUUUAUUCCUUUGGUAGGAAAUAACAUUGUCUUCAUAUUUUAUGCCCGAAGAAAAUGAGUAUUUAGGUUUUAAGAACGUUUCUAAUUAUGAGGGUUUUAAGACCGUGCGAUGCCAAUGCAUACAGGACAGAACAUGUCCGUUUAUCAAUGCUCCUCAUGAAAUAUACAACACAGUCCGGAUUCAUUGCAAAAUUUUAUGAACGCUAUAUAGUAGCUUCCUAAUGACAAAGAGGAAUAUGUAGUUUUCCUUACGCGGAAAGCAUGAACCUUUAAGCCUGAAAUCGCUAAAAGCUAAUGCAAUGGCAGAUCAGGCUCAAAAUUAUUCGGGAAUCAGGAAACUUUUUUAAAACCUAAAUACGCAUUUCCUUCGGGCAUAAAAUAUGAAGCCAAUGUGAUUCCCUACUAAACGAACAGAAGAAAGCAUAUUUUUGUUUGUGUUUUCUAUAAAAUAUAUUCGAAUUUAUAAGAAUAUCGAAAAUCAAUAGGAAAAAUGCAUGUCAAUUAAGCAGUCAUUUUUACCGAGUGUGGUUUCUGCAGAAGGUCAAAAAGAAGUGCAUUCAAAAGCUGACAUCCUGGCGAGACCGAACUGCUAUAGGAUUGUGCUGCAUGCUAAUCAAUUUUACAACCCCAUCUAAGUAAUCCUUCCUAAUCGCAAAGGCAUUUCAGAAUUUCGGUCAACAUUUCAUGAGAUCGGUCAUGCACUGUACUGACGAUCGGUGACGACCGUGAAAUAGCCGUCUGCGUUUUGCCUGUUGCACUCCUAGUGAGAUGCUUAUGUAUUAUAUGUGGUAUGCAUCCUACGGCACGACAUUCGUUAUCGUCAGCAGCAAGCUGGCUGGCGGGCAGAAUGGGAUCGAGUGCAAUCCUAACCACAACAGCGAGGGUCAAACGCCUACUUGACAGAAUACUUUGUGCUGGAUAGAUGUAUGUUGCGGUUAGUCUACACUACUACGCCAGAGUGAAACUUUUCCAUGCCUUUCCUCUAAGAGUAAGCAAAAAGCGUCGAGAUAUGCACAAACCCGUGCUCAUAAAAUCCGGUUCAAAAGCAAGACGUUCAAUUGAUUGGUGGCCUUCACGUGUGGUUUCGUUAAGGCUGGGCAAAAGUAAACUAAAAGGUUUGCUGCGCUUUGAUCAGCCACCAGCGUCGAGCUUAUCAAUGCGCUGUUUUAACUGCUAUUCAUAGCGAUGACCCUCAGUCAUUGGCAUAGGCCGUAUUUCGUGGAGGUCGAGAUAGGGGGGGGGAGGUAAAACACUUUAAUCGAUAACACUGAUUAGAAGCGACGACCAGAUUCGUCUUUUAAUAAGACCGUUUUACUGAGGGUCAGAAGUGUUUCUUAGCAAUUAUAACUGCCCCUUGCCGCUUCAUUCGCAUUCAUAAAUCGGACGUUUUCAACCAUUAGUCCACCAUCAGUCUUGAGGGAGCUUUUAAUGAUUUGGCCCCACUCAAACUUUCCCCAUUAACUCACUCUCUUCUUUCCAGACUGUCACUGAUUCAGGAUGUUGUCUAUGGCAUGGAGUACCUGCACUCCCGUGGCUUUAUUCACGGUCGCCUCAAUUCUAACAACUGUGUUGUUGAUGACCGCCUAACGUGUAAAAUAACGGGCAAGUCCAUAAGAUGUUUCUUUAAAAUUGGCACUUUGCACAGCUAUUAUGUCCGUUUGUUUGGCUUCACCCACUCGAGAACAACUAUCCUCUGAGAAUAUUUUUUCCUGUUACCACCACUACUAAUACUGUUGCAAGUACUACUAUUCUGGGUUUACACCCAACAGAUGCUCACGUACUUCGGCAAAUCCAGUAUUCUGUGCCUGCGUCCCCGGCCGACUACUUGAGACAAAGACCUCGGGUUUUAAGGGUUUGGCACCGCCUACCAAUCGUAAGCUCUACCAGAAAGCCCACGGGGUCCAACGGUUAAUUUAAGGUUUUCCUGAUUCGAGACCUUCAAGUUGUUGCACUGACAAAAUCAAUUUUUAAGCAUUUUCCCUGCCUGAAUGCUCAGUAACGGGCGAAAAAAGGCAAUGACUAACUUUGGACAAAAAAUCGCGCGUUCUAAAGCAUCGAAACAAUUACAGCAGCAAUUUUACGGAUACGUUUUCGUUGCAAGCUGUUGGCUCUUGUACCUUGACACUUUUGGCAGUGUUUUUUUCAGGCAAACGAAGACUGCAUCAAGUUCAGUCAGUUGCUUUACCCUAACCUUUGAUUUUCAGUGAAGUUCCACACUUCGGGGUUGGGUAUGAUUGGCUGACGACGGCUAAUAAGCCAGGAAUGACCGUUCCAGUCGCCCUUGUCUUUGUCUUUAAUGCCAUUCCAACUUGGUGAGUAUUCGAUAGGCCAUACGCUGUAUGCGCUGGACCAACAUGGCGGCCAGAUCAGGACACGACAGACUGUCCAAGGACAUGGGAGGCAAUUUUCAUAAAAACGCACUUCUAGUGGACUGUGAAGCAAAAACCGUCUACUCUAGUUGCAAAAUGUUAGACGUAAAUCGUAGGUGCUACUGGGAUUUCCUUUGCAUCCUCCUCUUCAAAGCCUACUCCAUCGACCCCAAAGACAAUAACUUCUUUGCAGAUGUAAUCAGCGCUUUAAUGCUAGGGCAAAGGUGUACACAUAGACUUACUCUUCGCCCAUUACCUAUUGUUAAACAAUCUUUAGGCUUUCUUUUCAAGCAGAUAGGAAUCUCGGUCUUUGAAAGAUUGACUAACACAGUAUGUUGGUCGAUAGCAUAAGGAAAGUAGCUACAAGCCUCAUUGAUAUCUUUGAUUUCUCGGUCUCUUCUUUCUCCGUACUACUUAGUUACGCGGUCAGAAGCUUCUUCUUACCUUGUUAAAUAUUUCUGUCGAGUCUGCGCGCCCUUGCUCUCAGCAAUUGUUACAGCUGGAAUUUCCUAGAUCAGUAUGAUUCCCGACGCCAAAUGCAAGUUUCGCAACCCUGGACAUUUUCAUGCGACACUGUACUAUCUGGAACCUACAGUAUGUGGGUCAAGUCAUGAAAUCUCAAUAGAAAUUCCGAAAUGCGUUUUCUUUUCGAAAAGAUUAAUUAAGUAAGGUUGUUAAACUAAUCAUUAUGCAGCAUGAUUCUAUAAUAAUUCAGUUAUCCCUGGACGCCGGCUUUCGAAAAAACGUCUUUCCGACUGCAUAUAAUAGUCAUGCUCCGCAAAAAAUAACUGCUUAAUUAGCAUGCAUUUUUCCUUCAUUUUCGAUGGCCCUAAAGAUUCAAUUAUGUUUUAUGAAAACGUGCACAAAAAUAUUCAUUCUUUCGCUCAUUUGAUUGUGAAUUACUUCUUAUUCAACUUUAAUACUCGAAGGAAGGGUGUAAUUCGGUUUUGAAAAAGUUUCUAAUCGUGAGAUUUUAAAAUACCGUGAAAUGGCCAUUCAUAAAACGCUAUGUCUCGGUAUUAACCAAUGUGGCUUAAAAAGGUAAUAAUGUGGUUCAAAUCCACUGCUUAAUUUUAUUAACUUCAUAUGGUCUCCUCUUAAUACCGUAGAGAAAUGUAUGGUUUUUCGUACGCGGAAAUUAGACGGCUUGUAGUUUGGGAACCCUGAAUGCAGGUGUGACGAAAGGUCGGGUUCAAAAUAAUUCAGGAAUUGGAAAAGUUUUAAAAAACCAAAUUAUACCCUUCCUUCGAGUGUAAAACUCAAAGGUGUGAUUUUCUACUGAAUGAGCAAAAGAAAGAAUAUUUUGCGCCUAUUUUCUGUGAAAUAUAAUUAAAUCUUCAAGGGCAUCAAAAAUUAAUGAAAAAUGCAUGCUACUUAAGUAGAGAUUUUUACAGAGUAUGUCUUUUGGAUGUCGCAGAAGAAAAGUUUGUUCGAAAGCCGGUGUCCUGGGGUAAUUGAAUUAUUACAGAAUUAUGCUGCAAGAUGAUUGGUUUUGAAACUCUACAUAAUUUAUCUUUUCGAAACGAAAACGCAUUUCGGAAUUUCUGUUGACAUUUCAUGAGUUAGUCCACUUUCUUUAAGUAGAAGGCUUCUCGUAUGAGGCCAGUGAACUUUCAACAUUGCUUUGCCUGCAAUUGGAUGGUUUGUGUACAUUGGCACAUUAAACCACAGUGCGGAAUGUUCUCUGCCACCCUGCGCGACGUUUCUUUCCUCGGGCUAUGAGAACUUGGUGAGUGGUAGGGGGCGCUCACCGAUCAUUCUUACGGAACUCACUCCUUCCGCUGUGCCUUAUGGGCUCUCUCUCGGGCCCAACCAGCAGCCGCACAGCGGCGCAUGAUAUAGGCAGAAUGGCAUUACCCGGCUCGUGGCCCAGCAGUUAGAGGCGUGGACUUCUAACUAACAGGUCGUGAGUUCGAGCCUCGGAUGUUCAACACAUCUGAGUUGGGUAUGAUUGACUGACAACGACUAAUAAGCCAGGAAUGACCAUUCCAGUCGCCCUUGUCUUUGUCUGUAAUGCCAUUCCAACUUGGUGAGUAUUCGAUAGGCCACACGGUGGAUGCGCUGGACCAAUAUGGCGGCCAGAUCAGGACACGACAGACGUUAUUGUGCAUGCGGACCCCAUAACAAAUGCCAUGCGUGGGGAUGUGAUGCACGCCUAGGCGCAGGUUCGCGCCGCGUCAGCCGCCUGCGCUCGAUCCCACCUCCUCAUUUCUCGACUCUAUUAGGACUGUUGGUUCACGUGGGUGAGGCAGUGUGGUAGAUGCUGCUGCUGCCGCUGCUGCUGCUGCUGCUGCUGCAAGUCAUUGUCCCUGUGUCCGCCCUGUCGCGGGGCAUACGGCGUACAUCGUCUGUAACGACGAUCAAACUGUUGGUGCCAUCAAGUCUGCACUGUGCACACAUUUUAUGAGAACUAUUGGCGUCCGACGACGAGGACUGUUUUGUUUUACUAGAUUAUGGGCUGGACUCCAUCCGCUACCUGCGAAAGGAGGAAAAGCUGGAGACUUUCCUUGACAACUAUCGAAACUGGGCCUACAUUGCGCCGGAAUACAGAGGUAUGUUGUUAUUUCUUUGGAUAUAAGCAGAAUGUAAACAGACAAACUAAGGGCGAUUUAAGGACAAUUGCGGGCUAGAAAUGCUUUGGGGCGAAUAGCCGGUUAACUGUUGACUCUCAAGCCUGUAGCUUAAAUUGAGAGUUGACGAGUACAGUGAGGCUAUUCUGCCAUUGUCGGUUAGCAUGUCUCUCCUUUAUUUCGAAACAAAUCAAGUGAUUACCCAGGCUGUCCUCAACCAAUAGACCGGUUUCAGGGGAUCCUGACCUUUCACCCAGCAUUUCUCUAAAUAAAUAAAUCUCUGAAAAUUGUUGUGCACGGUAGAUGCAGACGGUGCUUCAUUUGUAAGAGGCUGAGCACCAACGUGCGUGUAUUUUACACCCCGCUUAACUCAGUACGCCUUGGUGUCAGCGUAUCGGGCGUUCAGAUCUCGACUUCCAAUUCGGGUGACCACAGACUUAUUUUCUGAAACCAGUGAAAGCGCCCAUAGAGGCAGGGCUUGUCUAUUACGCUGCUUAUCCGCGUACUGAGAUCAGAUGUCUAAUACCAACUUCGAAAUUGUAAAAUUCAGUUUUGGCAUUAUUGGAAAACUAUGUAGGUUUUCCGUAAAGCUAGGGCGGAUUGAGUCAUGGCGGUCGAGACUAGGCACCAUGCAAAGCCAGUCAAAGGAUUUUAUCAGAACUAGGUUACACUCUGUCGCUGGUUAACUUAUCCUUUCCCUGAUCUGAAUGGUUAUUCUUGUUAAGUCGUCAGCCUGGAACUCUAUGUGACACCUACUAGCUCAGAGAUAUCUCUUACCCUGCUGACUGUGUCUCUGGUUCGGGGUGGAAAAGCAAGAUCGUAUCAGUAGCUAGAGAACAAGCGGGAAAUUCCUGGUGGGAUUUGCCUCCACGGGACUUUCGCAUGACUUGGCAUGGACCCAUGGCCCAACUGGUAGAAAGUUUAGAUGCUAGCCGUGGAGACGUUAUCGGAUCGCGCAGCUUCGUUCCUGGAAUUGAGGCAUGACUGGUUGCUGACGACAGAUGGACUCUUCGGUCUGCCUUCUAAUUAUCGUUAAACCUCUCCUGCUUGAAAUGGAUCGUUUCCUUUUGCUAACUGAUAUUCGCGUCACUCUCAUGCUUUCUGAUUUUCUAUUGCUUUUUACUAGGGAUUUAUUUGCUCAUGACAGCCUGACUACUUCUGUGGUAGCAGAAUAAAAUAUAUUUGAGAGUCUAACACGAAGUUUGAGAUUUUCUUUCAUUAGUCCAGUCGGACGCAUGAUCGCUGUAACUGCAUUUUGGGGUACAGGACGUAUAUGAAAAUCUUUACACUUGAAUAACAUUCAAACGAAUAAAAUCUGCCUACUUACUGAAAGUCAGUAGAAAGAUCUCACCACCGUACGUUCUGUAAAGCGGGGUCAGCCUUCUUCCACUGUGGCAAUAUUGAGCACUUGGUGAAACAAAUGAGGCUGAAUGACAUGGAGCUGAGCAUUUGUCUUCGAUUUGAAGGAGCUUGCUGUACAAGCGAAAACCACUUGUCCAUGACGGUCUGACCUUUGACUAAGUACUGGAGGCGUGGCUUAGAGAUCAGAGUUCAUAGGGAACCUGAAAGAUUAGAUACCGUCGUCGACAAAACUGAAGAUGAACGGUCUGCGAUUGGGAAGACGUUCGUGAUCCCUUACCCAGCAUAUUGGAUGUUUUUUUCAAAUAGGAAAGUGUUGUAAGGUAAGGUCGCUUAACUGGUGAGCGGGGACAAAACGCCCAUAAGGUGGCACGUUGUGCUUUUAUUGCGCCCUAUUCCAGCAACCCGUGUAAAACGCACCCAAAGGUAACACUUCGUAAUUAAGGUUUAUCCUCUUGCAUAUCUUCAGCGUCAAUAAAAGUGGAAUCUCAAUUUCAUCAAGUUCUGAAAGCAACUUACUGUCAUGCAAUAAUGUAACAUGAAUUUGCAGCUUGAAAGGAGUGAACUUAACGGUUUUCAAAUAUUGAAAUUACGAAGGAGAGUGGAAGAAUUACACUCUAUUUUAGAUGCAUAAGUUCAACAUUUUCCUCAAAUGCUUCCAUUUACUGGGGACAAAAUAGAUGCGCAAAACGGUUAACACUAGAAGAUUACAAGUGAUAAUUGUCAAAAAAGGCAACUGGCGACAUCAUGAAGAUUCGUCGGUGAAUGAGUUUCAAAGUUCGCGUCAGACUUUACUUCCUUCAAAACGAUGCUAAGGUAGGGGGAAAAGGACCAUAUUAUUGUAGUUCAGACAGACAAAGAGGGGAUAAUAUCCGUAUACAAUGAGUAAAGUAGGCAAACGGAUGUACAUAUAAGAAAAUUCCCGUGUAAAUGGCAAGAUGAAAAAAGUGGCGGCUCAAUUUCAAAAGCCGGUCAGGAGUCUGAGACUUUGCAAGACCUCUGCGCCGUUAUUCGAGCAGUCUGCUACUUUCCGGCGGGCAUUGUGAUCCCGUAAGCGCCGAAGACCUUCUGAGAGGAACUUAACUUUAUGAGGAUUUUGGCCAAAAGAACUUUAUAUCACGUGGUUUGAAGACCUUGCUAACAGAUUAAUACAUAACUUGGGCUUCAGUCUGCACAGUUUUUUGAAGGAGUUUCUGAGGAGUUGAAGUAAUUUUAUCCAAUUUGCGUUCGAAAUUAUUGUUCCGCAUACAUUAUAGAUGCGUGCGUAUUAUCCAGGUCGCUUUAACUUUUCAAACCGUGAAUUACUUAAAGGUGACUAGAAGGACUGUAUCGCCCAGGUAGGCUUUUUGGUAAAAGCAUAAUUUCACAUGUUGUCGAUGUUUGACUAGUUCCGACGCUUACCGUAGGCCUCCCAUCGCUAUACGAAACUCUGCCGGUCUAGCUUCAAAUAAGCGGCCAUAUCGUGUUAGCUUUGAGAUCAAGCAUAAAUGCCGAAUUUGCUUUUAUAUCCCUGUUUUUCCUAGAAACGCCACCUGCAGCACCUCUGCCCGUCAUGGACUCCUUCAGUUAUGGCACCAUUCUCGCCGAAGUUGCCCAAAGACGCGAAGUAAGUCAGCCACUUGAGAACUCCGACGCCUGGGGAGUUGUUCCUCUCCAAUACGCUGUUGUUCGUAUUUUAUCAAUCAACUGGUAAGGCACGUAAACCUUAGACUAGCACGCGAUGUAUUGUGUUUCAUCCAGGAGAAAACUGGUGAACCCUCUGAGGUGAUGCGUCUGGAUAUUGUCUGCGUUGGCCUAGGAAAUGCAGUUUUUAAAGAUAUUUGGCUUACCUGAGGGAAUUAGACGGCCGAUAUUAUGCUGGAAUAAGUGGAAAGCUUCAUUUUUGUUCUAAAAGUUUAUUGCAGAAAGGGGGGAGGUUUUGGGGUCCUCCUUUCUGAUCGAAAGCAAAUACUCCCCGCAACAUGGACGUCUGAGUCCCCGAACCGAGUGCUGUGUUAUCACAUGAAAUGAUGAGUCUUUCGGGAGUAAUUGUCCUUUCAGGUGAUCUAAUAUAUACAGGAAUAUUUCACUCGACUUACGUCUGUAAAAUAUAAAGUCCAUGCCCUUCACCAAUAUCAAAAAUGUUCAUUUUUUCUCAACUCUCGACGUAUUUGAGCCGAUCUAAAAAGUUUUCAAUGCUCUUCAGUGAGCUAAUGUUGGUAUAUUCUCUGACGGGGAGCUUCGUACUGCAAGCACGAAUACUUCAGCAAGUAUAACCUUUUAGGAUCCCGAUGACAUCGACCUCCCGGAUCUGGAUCCAGUAGAACGUGAGGAGAUCGCAAAGGCCUGGUGGGAUUAUCCUCUACCCUCGCACGAUGCAUUUCAAGGCGGCGACGAGUGUACACCGGACGAAAAGGAUUAUAUAAAUGUGAGUUUUUUGUGCAAAAGAAGCAACUAAUCUUAUUCUCUAUUCAAGGACGGCUUGCAGUUUUAUCUUGUCUGUUUUAGACAUCCAUUCAUACACUUGUACUGAAUAUAACCUUUGAAUGUAUACACAAACAGAAUACACGAAGGCUACUGACGACGAGUCUGGUUUUUAGUAUUUAUCUGUUUUUCUAGUAAAUUUCGUCUUACAAUAAUGCAUCUGUCGGUUCCCAGGUGAAGAGUACUCGAACCGUUUCCACUUAUUUUGACCAAAUGAUUUAUUACCGUCCAGGGGCGUCUAUUCCAUGUUCUAACCUUAAUCCUACCCUUCACCCUUGCCCUCCUAGUCUAACUCCAACCGUCAUAAACUUAACCGUAACAUUAGCCUUAACCCUAACUAUAGAGGUAACUCUAUCACUAACCCCAACGCCUGGAGUUUAGGGUAAAGCCACCAGUAAUGCGAAUUAUUACUAUUUUUGUGCCCAACUUAGAGUUUGUCCCUACUUUAUGAUUAGUAAUUAGGACCAAAUUAAGAAUGUAAAUUGGUCAAUGGAAAGUCUUCUGAAGCAUAAAAUGCUACUCUGUCUUCCUUUGCAGUUGAUAAAGACCUGCUGGGGUCCAGCGGAACUUCGACCCACCUUCGAAAUCAUCAGGGCGAAGAUGGAUUUAAUCAAUCCACGAAGGAAGAACCCAAUCGACAUCAUUUUAAGCCUGGUGGGUGCUUCCGCAGAUGAAGUCGGAGCUUUGCAAUAACACGUCCUGCUGUUUCGAUUGUCUGCACUUUGUUACCUUGAAAAGUAUUUCUUUUGAUGAGAGGAAAAAAUGCUUGCAUUGCAGAUGGAGAAGUAUUCAGCCCAUUUGGAGAGCAUCGUUAACGAACGGACGCAGGACCUCAUCGUCGAGAAACAAAGGACUGAUGAGCUUCUGCACAGUAAGUUUCACAACCUACACUCGAAAUUUUGUAGGUUGCUUCUGAGCAGAUUUCGCAUCACCAUCUGCAACUGUGGCCAAUUGCAUCACUCCGCAUUCAAUUAAAUUCACGAUGUGCAGACUAGAUUUGAUCGACACGGAUGUCCGAUAAUGAGGUUGCGUUUUUCUAUAGAAGUCUCCCACUCAUAUAAUGAUAGGCCAGUAGCUGAUACAAAAAUCAUUUGCGGUGAAAAAAGAUAUGGGGGUGUGCUGAGUUUGUUCAGGGAUUGGGGGAUGAGAUGGAUGAGAGAUAGAUGUCGAGGGACUGUAAUGAGAAGCAAGCGAAAGAAGUUGAGUUUAGAGUCCCGCUGAAGAGGUGAGAGAGAAAGGGGGACGAAAUGGAUACGCACUGUUCUUUGGGCGAGCUGUCGUAGGAGUGGGCGACUGUUUCCAAGUAGGUCCUGGCCAAAGAGGCUGAGGAACUUAGAUAAAAGUCUUAUGUGAUCAGAAGUCAGAUCUAUUUAGGCUUAGAGGACGCGACUCCACCGACUUGACAGGUUGGCCACGAGGUAGUAUUGUUCCGUCUGUGGGCAUUUUGUACAGGACUCUAGGAUGUUCAUGGACUAAUGAUGCCUGGGUAGACUGGAACUACGCUGACCGUGGUGGUCCAGGGUCAUUCAAAGGAACGAAAAUCAGGCCGAAUUCAGGAAACGUACCGUCCGUAUCGUGAUCCAGAAAAAUAUAUAGCGAUCUUCUACCUCCUUCCCAAGAGUUACGACACAAAACCUCUAGCAUCACUGAGAAUCACUUCCGACAAACCUAGGCUCAAUUGUCGUCUGCCCUAAAAUAGCAACUUCAAGCCGAAAUGAGUUCCUACGCAACCGAUGUGAACAAAAUUAAUCAAAAAACAAAACAUGACGUUCGGCAUCAAAAUUCUGGAAAGGAGUACUAUUCAUAAGUCAUGCAUUGUAAUAUUCAUUCAAAAUUUAAGUUAGAUGACGGAAUGAAAAUGUAAAAGGUCUUUCGCCACCCCUAUAGGCAUGCUACCAAAAUCCAUUGCGAAUCAACUACGCAGCGGACAGCCAGUUCCUGCCGAAGCCUAUGCAUCCUGCACAAUCUACUUCAGCGACAUCGUCGGGUUCACCAACAUUUCUUCAGACUCGACUCCAUUUGAGGUGAGUAGCAGCCCGUCUAAUUUCACCGGGAUGGUGUUCUGGUGGUAAAACUCAGACUUCCCGGCUCAACUGCCUCCUAUACACUAUGUGGAUUAUAAGGUGAACUGAUUUAUAAGAAAAAUGUCUUCUUGCAGAAGGAAUUAAGGCUAGAUCGCAGUUGGUAGCCAGACCCCGUAUUACAGGUGGCUGGAGGGUUUGUUUACUGGGGCUAUUUUGUGGAGCACCAUAAUCACAUCUGACCCAUUUGGUUUCCGUUUUACGUCUGAGGUUAGGAUUAGGGUACCGGCUAAUGGUUUCCGAUUUUCGGGUUAGGAUUAUGCCUUUAGGCUUAGGUUUUCGGGUUACGGUUAGGGUUUGAGGGUGCGAGUAGAAUUCAUUAUUACGGUUAGGUCUUUCAAUUACGGCUAUAUCUAAGGGCUACGGUUACGUUUACGAUUUCGGUUAGGAUUAGGGUUAGGGUCGCCGUCCGCCUGUCCAUUCCUGGCUACCAACUGCGAUCUAGCCGGAAUUAAGAAAGUAGAGUAACGCUGGGCUAUUGUUUAAAAUUCGUUCUCGUUUAAUUGGCAACUACACAAGAAUUUGGACCUCCUGAAACAGAAGAAAUUCGGUGUUCACCAAGGUUUUCUAUGCGUCAAUACUUGAGUGCAUUCUUGAUAGCCAGCAAAUGGCCAGAGGUGGCUUCUUAAGCAGGAAGUGACUCCAAAAACGGGUUGCUUCAAGGUACGGCGAAUUUCGGACGGAUCCAAACUUGAGACCUUCAAGCUCAUCUAAAUGCGUCGUCAUGAUAAUGUUACAGACAGUUUAGGGGCGUAUGAGAGUUGUAUUUAACGGCUGUGUCCUUCUCUCUGUGGCACUCGCUACCUUCGAAUUUAUUUUGAUAGACCGCCUUCGCAUCCUUGAUAGCGUUUCAUAUUCGUCCUGUGCGUACUGUGAUGUAGGUUUCGGCAUGAAAGGGACAUCACCAUCUCAUCAAAUGUCAACCGAAAUUCUGAAAUAUGCUUUGGACUCGAAACGAAUACUUAAGUAGUGUUGUAAUAUCAGUUGUUGUGCCGGCUUUUGAAUAGGCUUGUUUUUGACCAUCUGUAAAAGUACACUCUGUAUAAGGCGAUUAUCAAAGUAGUAUGAUUACAUUCCGUUGAUUUUCGAUAUCCUUAUACAUUUAAAUACACUUCAUUGAAGACACGCGCAAAAAUAUGCAUUUUUAUACUCAUUCGGUAUUAAAUUACGUCUUCUUCAAAUUUUAUAAUAAGGAAAAUGGUAUAUUUAGGUUUCAAAAAACAUUUUUUUAUUUCUGGAUACUUUUUCUCUACUUGCCGUCACACUUACACUCAGGGCUUGCAAACUAUGUGAAUGCCGUGGGCAUUCCACCAAAGGAAUAUCCCGUAGAAAGGCGUAAUACAGGAAGCAUGCAAUUGUGCAACGGAUUUGGACCAGGCUGCAUAUUUUAUAAAUAGCUCAAUAAACCUGCUAAUAUUAUGCUGUAUGAACUGAACUUUUUCGGCCAUAGAUAACCUCAUGAUAAGAGAUAUUUUAAAGCCAAAAUUCACACUCCCUUCAGGCAAAAACGAUGGAGAAGAAGCAAGUUGCAGCCAAAUGAGUACAAGAAAAAUAUUUUCUGCGCGUUUUUUGCGUGCUAUAUUUGGACCUAUAAGGGCCUCAAAGUUUAAUGGAAGAAAUCAUACUAAAAAAGAAGGGGGCUUCACCGGGAGGGGUUUAUUGGAGAUCCGACGUAUCGAGUAUUCGAUUCGUCUACCCAUCUUUAGAGACUGCGCACAGCUCCCCUUAUAUGGCGCACUUUGUUCAAUGCGUGACCCGCCAAUGCCGGCUGUGUGGCUGCAUCCAAUCCGCACAUCACCGUGACCUGAAUCGCCCCCGUCGGCCGCGGAGAUGACUGACGGCCCCGAUUGUCGCGCGCCGUGACUGUUCCCCGCUAAGAAGGUUCGUAAAGUCAGAUAAGGGGGAGGCAAAUUGAUGUGGCGGUUGACAGAGCAGUCGGUGGACAUCCAGGCUUCUUGCCGUAUGAUCACCGCCCCGGCCCACAAUCUCAACGGCGUCAAAGUUGAAGAUGUGUCCUUUUUCCGCGGCAUGGGUUGCUACCUCCGACUUUGGGUCCGACCUUCGCACGGCCAACUUACGCGCGUGCAUUCGCGUUUGCAGCCGUCGGCCGGUUUCCCCAACGUAGUUGUACUUCCCGCAGCUGCAUUGAAGUCGGUAGACAACGGCCGACAUCUCUUGCUUAUUGAUCGGCUCUUUUGGCCGCAUCACUUGAGUCAGGCCUGUGGGUAACACCUAUUCCGAGUGGCUAGUGGGAUCUAGCCACGACUUCGGAUACCCGGAAUGCUCCGCCAUGAGUUUGACUGACUAUGCUCUUCAUUCCGUUUCUUUGGCUGCCUUCGGUUCCGUUCAAUAAAUGUCCGCGGAUAGCCAUUGGCUCUGAAGAGUUCUUGGAGGAGCUUUAUCUCGUCAAGUUUGGCGGCUAUAAUGGGUCCUGUGAGCAGGACUUUCCAGUCUCUGAAAAUGAAUCAGCUACUCGAAACGUCGGACCUCCAAUAAACCCCUCACGGUGAACGCGUCUUCUUCUUUUGAUAUGCCACCUGAGAAUCGCAUUUUCACUAAUAUUGAUCAGAAAUCAUACUACUUAAGAAUUCGUCUUCUGCAGAAGGCAUUUUUGCUGACAGCUGAGAAGAGGCCCAUUCAAAAACCGACAUUCCGGCUGGAUUUAACCAUCUUCGGGUUAUGCUGCUUUUCAGCAUCAACUGCAGGAAAGAGAGGGGGAUAUGUAUGAGCCGACAGUGCAGGUACCCUGCAGUGCUUUUCUACUGUCAAUUUGGACGCUCAAAACGCUCCCUCCAUCGCCACAGUUCGCAAACGCCUUGGCCGGCCAAGUUUGUAUAAGUACUGCGCAGCGAAUUAUCGCCACUCGUGAUACUUUGUGGUUUCGCUUUUCAGUCCUGUUUUUCUGCGGAGUAUCUAUUCCCUUGUGCAACAGACUUUCUAACCGACCCAGUCAGAGUUUUAUUGCUGCAUAUAUUCGUGAAAGCCUCGCUUCAUUCAAGGACUCACCUGGACGAAAUUUCUUAGGUUUCCUUUAAGAUCGUCAUGUAGAGUAAUCUUUAUCAAUUUGGAUUUUGAAAGCUAUUUCAGCCGUUGGUAAAAUCUGAACCUUUCUUCCGUCCAGAUUUUCCUCUAAGUGGGCUAAUAUGCCCUACCUUUUUUUCCUACUUUGAUUGGUUUCCCGCUUUUUCCUGUCAUGUCUUCUGUUACCCUAGACAAUACUGCCUCUCUUUUUUUGUCUUCACUUCUUGAUUCUCGUUUGUUUCAUUUGUCCUACAGGUUGUGGCCCUAUUGAACAAACUCUACAGCGAAUUUGACCAGAUUAUCGAUCGUUAUGAUGUCUAUAAGGUGGAGACAAUCGGUGAUGCGUGUAAGUACAUAUGUCUAGCACGUCUCCUGUUUCAUAGAAUUGUGUUGCCCAGAUAGACGUCCAACACACGAAUUCCUUGAAGAGGUUGUUGGGAGUUCUUGAUAGGAGAAAAGAAUUGUGUCGAUGACGGUGGAACAGAGAGGCUGGCACUAAAUUUGCAAAUUUGGCACAUGAAUUAGGGAGCAUGGAGUAACUGAAAGAAAACUGCAAGAUUCUAAGUGACUCCCCAGGUCACAAACCGUAGACACCAAAGGAGGCACGCACUUGCAAUUUAAAGGUGGAGACAGAAGGCGAAGGUCCUGUUUUUUUAAAUUUCACUUGACUACAGUUGUUGUAGCAGCCCUUUGAAAUGUGUCAUAUAUAAAUACUAACUCAGAAUUAAUCAUGCCUGGCUUCUCAGUACUGAUCACCGUGCUUGAUGCUACGCAAACAGGUAGGGUCUGAAACUGGACCUGAAUCUGAGCGCUCAGCUGUGACCAAAUGUAGCUGCUGCCCCAAUGCUAACAAAUAGAAGGUACCACUUUUCUUGGUGAAUCACAUAAGUUCAAAUACUUUUUUCUUGAGUAAGAGCAGCCAACAGCCUAAAGGCAGAACUAAUUUGUUUUUUUUUUGAAGAUAUGGUCGCGUCUGGAGUGCCAAGGAGAAAUGGGCUCCGCCAUGCUGUCUCAGUCACAGACAUGGCUCUAGAUCUCGUCGAGGCCUCGCACUCCUUUGUCAUACCUCAUUUGCCAGGCGCGCCACUGAAGAUACGGGUCGGUCUACACUCAGGUAGUCUCUCUCGUAUAUUUACUAUGCUAAGUUAUUUUUACUUUUCUCGUUUAAGUAGGUAUACUUUACGUUCUGUUUCAGGGCCGGUGUGCGCUGGAGUUGUGGGAUUGAAGAUGCCUCGUUACUGCCUCUUUGGUGACACUGUGAAUACGGCGAGUAGGAUGGAGAGCAAUGGUGAAGGUAAGCAGCAGGAGUUCUGUUCAGGAAAUUUUCCUGACAGCAGGUUUGUUGGUCAACAGACGAACAACCUUUUAUGAGAAUCAUUGCAGAGAGCUUGCAUUAUUAUUUAUGAUAUGCGAAUUCGGCUGCGUGUGAAUUCACCUCCAAAAUUGGUAUUUAUUAUUUUAGCCUACAAGAUACACUGCAGUGACGCCACACACGAAAUCCUCGACAAGUUAGGAGGUUUUCUUUUCCAAGAGCGUGGGACAAUUGAGGUCAAGGUAAUCUUACGCAUUUGAAAGUUUGAAAAUAAUUUGACCGUUGAAUAUCUAAUUGAGACCUUGUAAACUCUUCUAUUCACCUCUUAGGGUUUUCCAAUAAUUCGGCAAGAAAAGGAUGGGAAUUUUCAUAAAUUAUUGCGUUAUUUCAUUUGAAAAAUUCUCCUCGUGACAUUCACCAAAUGCAUCGGAAAUCAGCAAAGAAAACGUAUACUACUAAAGUAGCCGUUUUUCGCCGAGUGCGGUUUUUGCAGGCGACUAUGAUGGCCCGCUUGACGGCAGCGUGGGAACAUUGAAUCCGACUAACCCUGCCCCUGAGAGCAUUUAUAUCCUGUUUACAAUUAAACAGAUAAGUACCCAUUUAAAUGUAUUGGCCUGAUGAUCAGUUACUGAAAACAUAUGUUUGCCAACUGACUUUUCAAAGCAUGAAUCCCUGAGCCAAUAACUGGCAGAGUCCUUCUAAGUCUUACGAUCCCAAGUCUGACAAAAUUCAUUGUCGACGUGUAAAAACUACUCAUAAUGUUUCCGUCUUGUCGACCAAGGCAGAUCAUGAGGCGGUCUGUUAGGCUCAUCCAACGCAGAAAAUGAUAGAAAGUAAGUAAGCGAUCAAAUACUUGCAUAGUCUGGGAGAAUCCAGAAAAUGCUUAACGCUGGCUGAUAGAGAAGAGCUGUGAUCAAAUGCAACAACUGCCCCAGGCGAUCGUUCUCGUUUCUUCUCCUUCUGAAGUAGUUCCACAGAUGCGUAUAUUUACUUUAGUCAUAGAAUAAACGCACGAACUAGGCUCGGUCGAGGUGUACAUUGGCCUAACGGUUAUCGCUUCUUUUUGAUUUUUGAAACGAUCUGAAGAAAAAUUGUCCUCUGGUAAGGGUAGAUUUUACCAAUUAAAACCUAUAGGAAACAAAAAUAUUUCGCUGUGCAACAAUUUCUGCGCUGGCAUACUCUGUUUAUCAUAAGCAGCAUUUCACUUUCUCGUUUGAUGGAUUUUUUAGACUCGGUCUACAUGGGCCAUGGUAGAUGAAAGGCCGGAAAGCCACCUUUUUAGUAAAUGAGAGGCUUGUCUUGACACGUGGCUAUCUCCACCUACGCCGGCACGCGCUUCCGAAUAAGGUUAGAUCGAUUCGUCGGCACCCUGUUCACAACUCUUAAAGUUUCGCCGACGUCCGCUUGAUGAACAGUUUUCGUUAAAUGCGCAAGAACAUGAUUCGGGAUGAAUCUUCUGAUUUUUUAAUUAGCCCAAAAUGGGUGGUGUUCCCGCAUCCUUUAGAAAGCCGCUGAGUCAUUCGGACUAUAAAGCAUGGUUUAUUAUAGUGAAUAGGAGUAAUUUGCAUUAAUAAAUAAAUUUUUGUGCAUCCUUCCCAUAGAAUCAUAUUUAACGGCAACACUAGAAGUCGCAGAAAGUACAUAUACUACUAGAGUAAUGCUUUUGUCCGUGGGAAAUGUACAAACCGGCAUUCUACUGCUGGUAAUGAACUUGGAAUUGCAUUUCCCGACGAUUUGUUUUGCAAACUCAGUUGAAAAGAGACGCGAAUGUGAAUUUGUUCACUGCCCUAUAAAUUAAGGCUUCAAUUUAAGUCGUCCAAACUCCCAAUGCCUAUGAUGUUGCAGUUGACCUUGAGAUUCGACAACGUCCACACUUCGAGAAGAUUGACUGCUUCCGACUUGCUAAACAGAGCGAAAGACCCUGACGGCUUGCAAACCGACGGAGGGUGUAUUAGACAAAAGGUAUUUAAAGCAUCCCCAAAACGUGGCUCCUACUUCAAAGUCGGUAGGUGUCGUUAGUUAGUCAUGUUCCGGUACUAGGUUAAGAAGGAUUCUGAACUGGGACCGAGGCUCGGCGUUAGGGUGUGCUCAAGUCAAUACUCACUCGUCUACGAGCGAUUAUAUUUGCACUAGAGGCCUACCUUACCUGUGUAGACUGUAGAGCCAUAUCAUGGGUGGCAGUGUAGAUCACUUCCUUCGGUUCUUCAUGACCAGCGCCAGGGUCUAGUCCAGAGACAAUAUUUAGCUGCGAUCAUAAUUUCAGGAGUGCCGUCUCCCCUUCUGUUGACAUCCUUAUCACCCGCAAACGAAAGACCAGUAAUUCCACCCCCCCCCCUCGACCCCAAUAAGGUCACGCUGCUUCUUCUGACUCCUCUUCCGUUCUUCACCAGGGCAAGGGAGCAAUGCGAACUUGGUGGGUUACUGGCCGAACACGGCCCCCCAUCCCCCCUGACUGCUGUCCCAUCCCAGUAAGAAAGGCCAAGAAAACCAAACCUGCUGCCUCCUCAAGACGGGUUUCCGCAGUCGGCACUCGGAGGGAUAAGGGAUCCGUCAGUGCGGUUUCAGGCGGCGGCGGAGGCAAUACAGCCGUGGGUGAGCUGCCGCACGGGCCAGAGAGUGAGACGACAACGAAUCCGGCCAUUGAGAUUAUCGCACCGGAACUGAUGACUGACCAAAAAGGCUCGGCCAUAGAUGCCCAGGACAAGGACAGGCUAGUAGACACCCCGAGGAAACGCAGCAAGACCAGCCUUGCCCCACCCAACUCCACCAGAUAG